AUGGAAGUGAGCAUCCUUAAAACAAUAGUUAGCGAAUUUAAUCAAUAAGAUCAUAAAUAUGGUCUUCUUUUUGGUUAUAAUGCUGGAAAUGAAAACUAUUUGAUAAGUUUUUUAGCACCUUCAACAUUUUAAUAACUUCCAAACGAGCUUAAUGAAGAUAAAAAAAACGACAUCUUAAAUAUCGCAGAAGAUCUUCAUAACUCUGUUAAUGGAUACAGUUUAUUAGGAUUUAUUGCAAAAGAAAAUGAACAAAUAACUUAGCAAGCAUUAAUUAUGAAAGCUUAAGAAUAUUAUGUAGCUCUUUAAAAAAGAUUAAAAAUUAAAGGUUCCUUUUAUCUUUGCUAUAUUAACUCAGCCAGCUUUGAAAUCUUAGAAAAAAAAUAAGGAUAAGUUUUUACUAAAGUCAAUCACAAAGAAUUUGAAGAAAAAGAAUUAACAUAGGUUAACUCCUUAAUACCUCUUAACAUAGAGCAGGUUUUUAGUGAAAAAGAAUCAUAAAGCAAAACAAUUAUUGAUCAGAUAACAGAUGUAUCUCAAAGUUACUUAGGUUCACUCACAAAUAGCAUUAUUUUAUUAAAUAAUUUAUUGAUAACUAAUGAUACUAAGAGCUUGAGUGAACUUUGUAAUACUGCUGAAGUUUAAUUAUAAUUUAUUGAAAGCAGCACAACAUAAGCAUAAGAAUAAUUUUACUAGAGACCAUAUUACUUCAGAUUCAAUGGUUUAAUAGAAAUUAGCUUUAAAUCUUAUAAAGAUUUACCUAUUCAAAAUUUAAAGACUAUUAUUAUAAAUGCUGUGAGAAAAGAAUUAGAAACCAGAAUGUACCAAGUUUUCGGUGAAUAGUUUGCCUAAAAAAGCUUAAGCGAAACUGAAGAAAUAUAAUUACCAUCCAAAUACUAAUCAAAUCAAUUUAAAAAUAUUACAUUAAGUAUUUACACUUCUCACCCUUCUAUAUAAGACUAUGGUAGCUGUAUCUUUUCAUCUUUAUAAGAAGCAGAAAAAAUGUUUAAUUAGGAAUUUAAUGGUAAAAAACUAGAAUUUAAAUAAGUAGAUUAGUUACAAAUAUCUGUUUAAGGAAGCUAAACUUAAUCUAAAUAAGAAGCAACAAAAAAUGUAGAAAGUAAUAAGGAAUAAAAACAAAUAGACCCUUCUGUUUUAUUAAAGCAAUAAGAAUAAAGAAAAUAACAAAUUAGCUACUUAGUCUUCUCCUUAGUUAUUGCUCUUCUUGCCUAUAUUUACAUGAAAAUUUGA